AUGGACAUUCAGAUGCCGAGUAUAUCGGAAAUAGAAGAAUUUGACAUUGAAAAACUGGCAGGGAACAAUCAUAAAUCUUUAAACCCAUUUUUCCUCUAUAGAAGAGAAUAUACUAAGCGUGCAAUUAAAAAUGGUAUGAAGAUAAAAAUGACCGAUGUAUCAAGAAUGGCAGGUAAAUCUUGGAAAAAUGAAAGAACAAUGGUUAAGAAGGCUUAUAAAAAGGUUUCAAGGCGAAUUGACGACUUUUUACGAAAAAGGAGACAAGAAGAAAGAACAUACCAAAUAGUUUAUGAUGUCAACAUGGAAAGGGUUCUACAAGAAUCAGAACAUGUCUCGAAUCAACUAGAGCUAGUCCCUCUUCAAUCUUUUUCACCUGAUGAAUACGCAUCUUCAUCAAACAUGGAUGACAUAGCUUUUCUUAACCCAUCCUAUAUUAAUACUAUCAUGGAAAGUGUUUCGCAAGAACCAGAUUCAGUCGCCAAUCAAUUAACGCUAGACUCUCAUCAAUCUUUUCCGUCUGACGAAUACAUAUAUUCAUUAAAUUUGGAUGACAUAAUUUUUCUUGAUUCACUCGGCAUUAACGUUUUUCAAGUAGCAGCAGAGUCCAUCUUUUGA